ACCACUAGAGGAGGUGAUCAUGAACUCUGUACAUACAUAGGAGGACCAAAUAUCACUCAUACAAAUGUCAAUGAAAUGGACAGUCGAUUGACUUCAAGUGGUAAAGACGCUGCAUUUGAAUUAGGUCAAGAAAUAUCCAAAAAAUAUAAAAAUUGUUUAGGAAUAUCGUCAUGGAUUAAAGAAAACUAUUGGUCAUUCGGUGGGACCGCUAAAAGACACCAGGAAGAGGCCCUAUUAAUUGGAGCAGGAUUGGAAAAUAAUACGCAUCUUAAAAAUCGUGUGUGGAGUGAUGCAGAAUUAGAUGAAACUAAAUUUCCAAAAAUAGAUUACUAUUACAGGUUUUUUGAUCCGAACAAAUGUCCCGAAUUUUUUAAAGAACUUUCUAGCCCUAAAUUAAUAAAGGAAUUUACAGCACUACUUGAAAAAUAUGUCCAAUCAAUACAAGAGCUUAAAAAGCAUUAUGAUGAAAGUAAAUAUAACGAUCCCGUAUCAAAUUUGGAUCAGUUAUGAGACAAUACAGAGAAUGAUAAGUCAAAAAAGGCAACCAACAUGGUGGAACACAAACAUUGAAAAGGGUCUUCGAUCAUUUUCUGAAGAAUAUCUUUACAAAUCUUUAACGCAUACUAAAAAAUUAAGACGCUUAG